ACGACCUAAACAUAAACAAAGCCAGGCAGGCAGUCAGGCACCAGUACUACAAGGUCACCCGCUCUAAAACAAGCUUACAUGCAGUAGUGAGUUACAUGAUAGUACUCAGACUGCUAGGAUGUGGCGCAGACCUGCACUUCUUGUUCUCUACCUGGCGGUGGUGGUCACUGUUACAUGGAUAGUUGAAUUGGGAUUCUGGUGGGACACAGGCUACACCUCAUACCAGAUUGUGAAUCCUCUGAGAAAUCUAUCAGUCUCUCAAAUUCGAAUGUUGCUGGAGAUGCGAGGGAUUCAGUAUACUGCACUUCUUGAGAAAUCCGAAAUUGUCAAUCUCCUUGAACACUCGGGUUCAGUUCAGUAUGGAGAAAUCUUUGCAAAAGAAGUCACCACUGAAUCACGAACUCCAAUUGAAAUAGUUGGAAAAGAAGACUUCUAUGAACAGAUUUACGAUGAAAAUGAAUCUUUGUGGCUGAUUGAAGUAGUGCCAGGAGAAGGUCAGUAUGCAGGACAUCGUGUGCUGGAUGACCGCUCUUGGCAUGCUCUUGUACCCAAGCUACAAGUUCUCCAGGUCAGCAGUGCUGUUGUUAGCUGUCAGUAUGACCGACGAUUUUGUGCACGACAAGGAUGGAGCCAUCCCCAGCUGGUACUUAUUUUACCCCCAGGCCGACAAGCUAGUAAACUGACUACUAGUAGAAAUCUAGGUAGAUUACCUGGCCGUGAACAAAUUGUUUUCACUUCCACCACCCACCUCUCUGUCAUGUCUGUUCUCAUGUGGCUGUUUGGACAGAUAUUGUCACGUAUUGAGGUGGUUCAGGAUGCAAAACAACUUGAAGAAAUUUGGCUCAAUGUAACACAAGUAGACAAGGAAAAGGUUCCCCGUGUAGUAUACAUAUCAGAGUUACUUAGCCCUCCUCUGCUGAUUGCUACUCUUGGUCUUCGUUUGUCAACGCGAAUCAAGCUUGCGUCUUUUACAGUCAGAAAGGAAGAAAAAGAACAGGUAUCCCACCUACUGAAGAAAUCUGGCUUAAGUGGAGUACCCAGCAUAGCUGUUGUGACAUCCGUGGGGACCACAUCUUAUGGAGGAAGAAAGGGGGAACCCCUAACUCGCCCAGCAUUAAAUUCCUACAUAUGUACAUUACAGCCGCAUAUGAACGAUGCAUUUCUUGUUUCUCUUAUAAUGGCAAACUUGUUAGCAGUGUCAGACUUUUUUUACUUUCUAGAUGUCAGAAUCAGAGCGUGGAAACAUGUAGUACUCACAUUUGUGCGAAUUCUUGUAUAUAAUGUGACUGUAUUUCUGCUUUGGCUUGCUGUCACUGCAUUGCUGCGAUUUUCCAUGGUUGAUAGUGUAUUGCAGUCUGGAUCAUGGUUGAUUACUUCUUUGAAUUCCACAUGGUUUUUUUGUCAAAUGAGGUAUCACUGGUUAAUGAUUGAAAGUCAUCCAAUCAUUGUUUGGAUGUCAAUUAUCCUAUUUAGUUUUAUUACAUUGACUUGGCAUCUUUUGUUGAAGAGAGGGGAUACAGAGCAGGAGGAAGUUGAUACCAGUUGGUGGACAGUGUUUCCUAUGGAUUCAUAUUUAGUUAAUGUCCUCUUCCGUCCCAUGGCUUCCUUAUCCCAUCCAAGACCAUCUCAGGAUUUAGGCUUAGAAGAAGGCAUGGAGCGUCUAAUUGAACGUUUAGCAACUCCAGAUUUAUGGUUGCACCCAGUAAUACCAACUGAUUACAUGAAAGAUCUACCUAUGUGGAGGUUUGAUGGUUGGGGAAAUGAGGAGGACUUAAAAUCUGAGAGUGAAACAGAUGUAGAUAGUGUAAGUGAAAAUGAAAAUGAUACGUUAUUAGACACACAUGUAUGUUGUCAAGACUAUGGUUGUAGAUUAUGUGGACUGUGGACUACAGUGAAGGAUAUAUAUGUUUGUCAUAGAUGUGCAAUUUUAAAACGAAAAUUAGAGAGGCAGUACUUGAGAUACCGUAAAACUGACGAUAAAAGUCACCAAAAUGUGACAUAUGAAAAGCUUUUGAAAGUUUGUGAAAAUUGCUGCAAGACAAGAAAACAGCAAAAUUCUGAUCUCACUGUCAAAGAAGCAAACAAAAUUAGAAGUCCAUCAAGAUGGUUGCUAUCUCCACAGAGGCUAACUGAACUAAAAUGGACAGCACCGUCACAUGCAAUAGAAAGUCGCAUUUGUGCUAUCUGCCUUGGGCGUUAUCGAUGGUCUGCAGUCCUUUGUGGUCUUCCUUGUGGACACAACUAUCAUCAUUCAUGUAUCACAGAAUGGCUUUUGAAGGAUAAUCACCACUGCCCAACCUGCCGAUGGCCUUCAUAUAAGAACAAGCGGAUCACCAUGCCUACCCAUGAACAUGAAGAAUAGAGGUCAGGUGCUACAAUCAUGUUAUAUAAUUGGAAGCUUUAAUGGAGUAAUACACAAAAUGCUUAUGGAUGUUCCAAAUAGAGAGGCUUUAGAACUUUAAAGUAUGCACUUUCCAGUUGUCAUAUUUGAUCAUAUUUCAUCUCCUAAGAGUUGCAGAAUUUUGCACCCUUUCUAACAAAUAAUCAAUUAGAUUAUUAUCUUUUUUUUUUGUGGACCAUCUUCUCUCCAGUAUGAAUGAUAAGUAUGAAAAUAUAUAUUUUUUAAAUAUCUUUAGAAACUUUAGCAUAAAGAAUAUGGAUAAUUUGAUAUAAAUACUUAGUGGUUGUGCCAUAUUAUCUUUGGAAAAUGCAUAAAGUGGGAUGUACCAAUGUAUACUAUGAAAGCUUUCCAUGUUUUCUGAUUUAUCAUGCCUUGACAUUGAACACUUUGAAUCAUGUUAAUUUCUAAUGUCUCAUUAAAAUGUUAUUUGUAUAUCUUAUGUACUAUUUUUGAAAUAUAAAGAAAGUUCUUAUUACCAAACUGUAGUAAAAGAAAAGAAAACAAAUUGUAAUUAUAGCUGCCUACAAAAUUAAUAUAAGCUGUUUAUACAUUAAAAUACUGUUAAAGGCUGGUAAGAUA